UUCAUCUUGAUUUUGGUCUAUAUUUUCUUCCUUUGAAAACAUUGAUGUGGUGGCGUGAAACUUGAUUUAAUUAUCUAAUGUUAUAACCAAUAAUUUAUGAGGAAUUAUUGAACUCAAUCACUGAGAUUCUCGAUAUUUGUUAGAAGAGUAAUACAUGAUUGAAGUGACAACACUUGAGCAUUGCUGAAUGUCUUUGACUUGGCAAAAUGCGAUUGUAAACUACUGACUGUUUCAUGGGUAUAUGAUAAUGGAUGACUUUGACAAAGAGGAAUAUGGAUUUAAUUUGGGUUCUUUAGCAUUUUGCUACUACUUUGUAUUUCUUCUCUACUUGUUCAUUCCAGAAUUAAGAUGAAAGAAAGUUGUAAAGUUUGGACUUAAAGUCAAUUUUUCACCUUUUUGCUGUGUGGGAGGAGAGGCUUGGGGUAGGUACAAGUGGAAAGCAAGGCCAGGUAAGGAUUCAAGUUAGGAGCUUUAGGAAUGAGCUAGUACUGAAUUCUCGUCGAUGUGGAAACUGAAUGGAGAAAAGGACGGUUGUAAGGAAUAUGGCUGAGCUUCUCUCCAUGGCCAUGGCUGAUGAUGAUGACAUGAAAGAUGCCAGUGUUUCUCCACUUGAUCUAAAUUCUAUAGGUGGCAACGAGAGUGAAGAUGUUCUUUCACCUGAGGAUAUAGCAUGGGCUGACUCAUGCCUCAUUAAAGAUCUUGCUAUAUCAGACCAUGGCAUGGAUUCUUCGAAACAUGUGUCACCGGACGCUUUUCCUUCCCAAAAAAUCUUUUCUGCAGUCUCAAGGGAUGACUCUCCUCAAGAAUCUCGUAUUUUCCCCACCGUCGAAGAGACAGGAAUUUCAGGGAUGGUAGAUGACACCAUUGAUGAUGUUUCUCCAACCAAUGAACAAGAAGAGAACACAACUCGUCAUCUGAUUAACAACAAAGAUACAGAUAGUUCUUGGUCCAGAAUUAACUCAGAAAAUGAUUUUCCUCCCACCUAUAAUGAGGAUCUGAGAUUAGUUGAAGACUCCCAUUCUGAAGUAGAUUCAGAGUUUUCAACAUUUGUUGAGGAAAAUUUGGCUGACAUAUUCAAGGUAUGGGAACUUGACAUUCCAGAUGAGGAAGAUGAACUUGUUAAACAGUUCAACAAAGCCCUCGCAGGAAGCUCCUUUGACUCCACCCCUUCAGAAGCCGAAAAUCUUGGAGUACUGCUGGACGAUAAGUUACUUGAUGAUAUCAUUUCUGGCCUUGAUGACCUGUCGUUGAGUCCAAUAAAUGGCUAAGUUAUGUUGCAAAUUCAAAUUCUGGUCGAGAGCAUCGGUUUGCAGCUUACUGAUUCUGAUUUUUUCCUGUUCUAUAUUUUAGUUACUACCUCUAUUUAGCUCGAUAAUUAAGUAGCAACUAGUGUAAGAAAACAGGCUUUUGUCCUUAAAACUUCCCUUGUAUAUAAGUAUAGAUUUCUUAUAUAAUGCUUUCCUUCCUUUGGACUGGAGUCUAUUAGCUGAUGCAAGAGACUGGGUUUUA